CUUCUAUCCUCUUGUCCCUUCAACUAAUUACUUAUUCUCUCUCGCUCUCUCUCUCUCUCUCCCUCUCUCUCCUUCCCUCUCGUGCGCGCGCGCCAUCAUGGAUCCUGCCACCGCCACAGAUGCCGUCCUCAGGCCCUCCCAUCCUGUCCCCGACAAUGCCCGCCCGGUCCGCGGCAUCGAGUUCGACAAUCUGCACCACAGACCCGUCACUGUCGAUGAUCUCGUUGCUGGCAUGGCCGACAUGGGCUUCCAGGCAAGCGCUGUAGGCGACGCCGUCAACAUCAUCAACGAUAUGCGACGUUGGAGAGAUGCAGACACGCGCGAAUCCACCACCAUCUUCCUUGGCUAUACCUCGAAUCUCAUCUCGUCCGGGCUCCGGGAGACGCUGCGCUACCUGGUCCAGCACAAGCAUGUCUCUGCCAUUGUCACCACUGCCGGCGGCGUUGAAGAAGACUUUAUCAAAUGCCUGGCCCCGACCUACCUGGGCUCCUUUACCGCGCCGGGUGCUGCCCUUCGCGCCCAGGGGAUGAACCGCAUCGGCAACCUGUUUGUGCCCAACAGCAACUACUGCGCCUUUGAAGAGUGGGUGGUGCCGAUCCUGGACCGGAUGCUGGACGAGCAAGAGGCGGCACGACACGAGCCAGACCCGCUCGUCUGGACGCCCAGCAAGAUCAUCAGCCGGCUGGGCAGGGAGAUCAACGACGAGCGGUCCGUCUACUACUGGGCGUGGAAGAAUGAGAUUCCGGUCUUCUGCCCCGCCAUCACGGACGGCAGCCUCGGCGACAUGAUGUUCUUCCACACCUUCAAGUCGUCGCCCAACCAGCUCAUCUGCGACAGCAUUGGCGACAUCAGGACGCUCAACACGCUCGCCAUCAAGGCCAAGCGCGCCGGCAUGAUUGUGCUGGGAGGCGGGGUGGUGAAGCACCACAUUGCCAACGCCUGCCUCUUCCGCAACGGCGCCGAGAGCGCCGUCUACAUCAACACCGCCCAGGAGUUUGACGGCAGCGACGCGGGUGCACGGCCCGACGAGGCGGUGAGCUGGGGCAAGAUCAAGGCGGAUGCGCAGAGCGUCAAGGUGUAUGCCGAGGCGACGGUGGUGUUUCCUCUGAUUGUCGCAGCGACAUUUGCCAAGGCGGCCACGGAGUGAUGGACAUGCUGCCAGUGACAGCGGCAGGACGUACCUCCAGUGACAGUAGCAGUACGUGGGCGAGAAGACGGAUGAUCCAUAAAUCCCCAGACAUGCACGCACCCCCGAGGGCGUUAAAGUGACGCGGGGCAAGACAGGCACAGCCCUACCAACUGCUGCCUGCUUAGUAGUAGGUUGGGGGGAGUAGUAGCUGCUACUAGCUAGUAUUGGUACUAGCGACGGUGGGCGGGUGUGCAAUUAGUGGGUUGACUGGGCGUUGACUAGCGAGAAUGUGGCUUAGCUGCCCGCCGCCACUCGACCGCCUCACCUUUUCCAAGAUUGAUGGCUAGUAAUUAAUUACCUAGUAGGUCGGUAGAGGUGGGUGGGUAGCUAGCUUGGUAUCAUCAUUCCUCCCCUGUCACUAGGACUAAUAGAGGUGGAUGAACUACUCUCUCUCUCUCUCUACUCAUGUAGUAGUAAUCAAGUAGUUGACUCGAUAAUCCACACCCCU